CCAUUUCUCUGUUUUUUACUCAAAAAAUUCUCUCUCCAGCUAUGGCUUCGAACCCCAAGGUCUUCUUCGACAUGACGAUCGGUGGCCAACCGGCUGGUCGGAUCGUGAUGGAGCUUUUCGCUGAUUGCACUCCCCGCACCGCCGAGAACUUCCGUGCCCUCUGCACCGGCGAGAAAGGUCUUGGUCGUUCUGGCAAACCUCUCCACUACAAAGGGUCAAGCUUCCACCGUGUGAUCCCUAAUUUUAUGUGCCAAGGAGGUGAUUUCACGGCCGGAAACGGCACCGGAGGUGAAUCCAUCUACGGAGCCAAGUUCGCCGACGAGAACUUCAUCAAGAAGCACACGGGACCCGGCGUUCUCUCCAUGGCAAAUGCUGGACCUGGAACUAACGGAUCCCAGUUCUUCGUUUGCACAACCAAGACCGAGUGGCUCGAUGGAAAGCACGUCGUGUUUGGGCAAGUUGUUGAAGGCCUGGAUGUGGUUAAAGCCAUUGAGAAGGUUGGGUCUAGCGGUGGCAGGACUUCCAAGCCUGUUGUUGUUGCUGACUGUGGACAGCUUUCUUAAAGAAAAACACAAACUUGGGUUGAUUAUGUUGACUUUGGGUGGUGUUUCAUGUCUAAAUCUUUUAAUUUCUGUCCUUUAGCUUCUUUUUAUGGUCACUGGGUCUGGGUUUUGGUGGUUUUCAAGAACUUGCUUUAUGUAGUUUCUAUGAACUACCAUAAAUAAGAUAGGCUUUUUUAUCAUCA